AUGCAGAACGAGUGGUUAGACAUAGGAGAUUUUUGCAUCCCAUUAGCAUUAAAAUGGCGCACUUUAAUUUAUGAUUGGUCGCCAGCAUUGCUAAAAUUCUAUCUCAAUGCGUUCCAGAUGACUCUCCCAGAUCAGAGUAAUUUAGUAAGAUGGGGUAAAAUUACCGAAAAAACUUGCUAUAUCUGUGGAAAGGCAGUUGGAACUGCUAAGCAUCUGCUGGUGGGAUGUAAGGUACUCCUGGACAGCGGUCAAUACUCGCGUCGUCACGAUAGGGUUCUAGAAGUCAUACGUGAAGCGGUUAGUCUUUCGGUAGCCAGAGCGCAAAAGGAAAUAACCACAAACGAACGAUCAGUAGGUUUUGUGAGAGAAGGCACUAGGGCUACAAAAUCAAACGUCAAGCCUUACUCCAUCCUUAAAGCGGCGUCGGAUUGGACUAUAAUGAUGGACACGUAUGAAAAGCAAUAUAAAAUCCCCGAGGAUAUUUGUGCGUCGGCCUCCAGACCGGAUAUAUUUUUGUUUUCGCGAAUUUUAAAGCGCGUAGUGAUGAUAGAGCUUACGGUCCCUUGGGAAACCAACAUCCCCAAAGACCAUACCAUCAAGGUCAACAAAUAUUACGAGCUCACAAACGAACUCACUCGAAAUAGGUUCGUAGUAGAUUUGUACGCGGUAGAGGUGGGAGCGAGAGGUAUAACAGCGAAAUCUCUCUACAACCUACUAAAGAACUUGGGCUUGUCCAGAACUCACAUUAAUGCAUUCUUGGAACGUAUAUCGAAGGCAGCCCUGGUAGGUUCUUUUCAAAUUUGGUUAGGUAGGGAGAGGAGCUUGGACAGUGGAGGUGAGCGUAUAACGCGCGUUAGUUAA